CGCGCCGCCGCGUGUCUGAUCCCAAAUUUUCUACUAAAGCCUUUGUAAACGACCUUUACGACCAUUCGUCCAUUGUCUCUUUCUCUUCAUAAUAUACCUGACUGAGGUCUGUAUUUUAUUGCUGAUCUAUAGGUUGAUUUUAACGCGAAAAAAAUCCUAAUCUAAUCAUCAUCAUCAUCAUCAUGGAUGAUGCACAGAUGGAUCUUCAAUCACUUGCGAACUUGUUCGCGACAACUUACAAUCCUGAUCCUAAUGUACAGAAGACCGGCGAGCUCCAAAUACGCAAGAUCGGUGCACAGGAGGGCAUGCUAACUGCCCUUCUGCAAAUCAUUGCAUCUGAUGGCGUUGAAAUAGCUACUCGUCAAGCUUGUAGUGUUUACCUCAAGAAUCGCGUACAUACCUCUUACAUCCUUCCGCCAAAUCCCCGCCCAGACCAUGUCCCAAUUGCUCAGUCCGACCGCACCGCACUAAAAGCCAACAUUCUUCCCCUUCUUUCUGCCAGUCCCAGCCGCUCCGUCACCGUCCAGCUCGCAGCGACCCUGAAAGACCUUGUGGCGCAUGACUUCCCCGAUCGCUGGUCAUCUCUUUUGGAUGAUGUGAAAAGGCUCUUGGGAAGUGGAGAUGUGAGAGAAGUAGGAGCUGGUGUUGUAGCCGCACUCGAGUGCGUUAGAGCGUUUAGAUUCCGCCAAAAAGCCGACGUCCUACCAAACAUUAUCGCCACCCUUUUCCCUACCCUUGUCACUAUCGCUGAUGGCAUGCUCAAUACCUCCCCAUCCCAACCCGCGUCCCAGGAGAUCCCAGCCAUGCUACACCUUAUUCUCAAGACGUACAAAACUGCAAUUAUUGUCAACCUUUCCCCGCACCAGCAGAGCCCAGAAUCACUCGUUCCCUGGGGAAGACUCUUGUUCCGCGUUGUAGGGAUGGUUGUCCCCGUGGAAGGCGUUCCAACUGACGAGGAAGAUCGGGAGAAAUGCGAAUGGUGGAAGGCCAAGAAGUGGGCGUAUGGAAUCCUCGGUCGACUGUUCCAUCGCUUUGGAAAUCCUUCUCAGCUCCCGUCACCGAUGCAGAAUGAAUAUGGCGUAUUUGCAGAGCACUUCGUGACCACCUUCGCUCCCGAAAUCUUCAAGGUGUACCUCCACCAAGUCGAGCUAUAUGUUUCAGGGCAGGCAUGGCUGGGCAAGAAAUGCCAAUACCAGGUCUUCCAGUUUUUCACUGAAUGUAUUAAGCCGAAAUCGACGUGGAUACUCCUGAAGCCCCAUGUCGACAGCCUUGUGGCUAACUUUGGGUUCCCCCAGCUCACUUUCAAUGCGUCCAAACAAGCCAUGUGGGAGGCCGAUCCCGUAGAAUACGUCCGUGCUAGUGUCGACGAGUACGAGAAUUUCUCGUCCCCCGUGAGUGGCGCGACCUCGUUCCUCCUCUCCCUCGCAAGCAACCGCACGAAAACCGCCUUCCUCCCGAUGCUCCAGUUCAUCAACACUGUCUUGCGCUCAAAUCCUACACCGGCGCAGCGCUUCGGCGCACUUACGAUGAUGUCAGUCCUCGGCCCCUUCAUCGUCCGCCAUCCCGAUGUCAAGGGAAGCAUCGAGCAGUUCAUGGUACAGUACGUCCUGCCCGAAUUCACAUCGCAGGAGCCGUACUUACGGAGUGUGGCAUGUGAGGUGCUUGGUGUAGUGACCAAAGCCGGUAUCACAUGGGCUGCUGAAGAGAACUUGAACAACCAUUCCCGUGCUGUGGCGUUAGCCCUUGAUGAUCAGGAACUCCCAGUACGUGUGCAAGCUGCGCUGGCCAUCACCGAGCUGGUUCUCGUCCAUGACUCAGUUAGGGACGCCGUCUCUCCGCAAGUAGGCAAGGUCGUGCAAGAUCUUCUCAAGCUCUCCGACGAGACGGACCUCGAUGUCCUCAAUCACAGUAUGGAAGCUAUGGUUGACCGGUUCCAAAACGAGCUUCUGCCUGUGGCUUCGCAGCUCACCGCACGCCUGUGCGAGUCUUACUUACGCCUUGCAAGAGAGGGUCUGGCACAGCAGAAAGAAGCGGCUCCGGACAGUAUCGAUGUAGAAUCACUCAUGACAGAUGGCGACGACGAUAAAGUAUACGGCGCUAUGGGGGUCGCCAAAACUAUUGGAACUGUUGUCUCGUGCAUUGACUCCUCGCCUGAGAUUCUGUCGCAGGUGCAGGAGGUGAUUAUACCCAUCAUCCGGUUCACCCUUGAGAAUAAGUUGAUUGAUUUGUUUGAUAAUAUGUAUGACCUUGUAGACGCCCUUACCUUCCGUCUUCAUGCGAUAUCACCGAACAUGUGGCCGGUGUUCGAGCUGACUUAUGACCUCUUCAAGAAUGAUGCUGUUGAUUUCCUUGAUGAAAUGCUCCCCUCGCUGGACAACUUCGUAUCGUAUGGUACCGAGGUGCUGAAGGCACGCCCUGACUACAGGUCGAAGGUGUUGGACAUGUACCGCACGGCUAUGACGAGCCCACAACUGGGGGAUAACGACAAGAUUAACGGAUGCAAGCUAGCAGAGUCCAUGCUUCUUAACUUGCACGGCCAUAUAGACGACCAACUCCAGGACAUUGUCACCAUCGCCGCAGACCACGUCGACAAAGGCGAGACUGCCUCAUUCCGCCUUGCCAACCUUGAGAUUCUCGUCAACGCCGUCCUCUACAACGCCUCCGCGGCGCUUCAUUUCAUGGAGGCCUACAAGCCAGGGUUCUCACGCACAUUUUUCGACCGCUGGUUCGUAGCAAUCAACAGCGACAGCAAACUCCCACGCGUGCACGACAAGAAACUGAGCAUUUUGGCGCUUUGUAAGUUGUUGGAGAUGGAGGCUGGCGCGAUUCCGGAGGGAUUGAGGGAUGGAUGGCCUGGGAUUGUGGGCGGCGCUUUGAACAUUUUCAAGGCGCUGCCUCAGGCUGUUGCGAAACGCAAGGUGUUGGAGGAUCAGCUGGUUGAAGGGAGCGAUGAUGAAGAUGAUGACGAAACUAGAUACCUCAAUCUUGAGGGAGAGGAAGAUGAGGAUGUAUGGGAUGAAGAUUCCGCAUAUCUCGAGAUUCUGGCGAAAGAGGGUGCUCGUCUGAGGGAAAAAUCCGAGAAAGCAGAAACAGGAGACGAUGAGUCAGAUAUAUCCGAGGAAUCAGAGAUAGAGGAAGAACUUGGGUUUUUCAGUCCGCUCGACAACAUCAACACAUAUGUCACCUUCAAGCAAGCAUUACAGACAUUCCAGAAUCAAAACAGUGCUUUGUACCAGGCAGCGACGACGAUGCUCACGGUUGAGCGGCAGACUGUGCUUAUGGAGGUGGUGACGAUGGCGAACCAGGCUGAUCGUAGUUGAGGUAGUCGUCUUUUCUAGCUAUCGUGGUUGUAUCGCUUCCGCUUGUUCGAUGCGUUAUUGACGUACACUUUGCAUAUAAGACGAAUGAAUGUUUGCUUGUUGUAGUCAUUGACGUCAAGAGGACCGAGUCCCCUUUUCCCUUCAUACGCAAGCGUCUUUAUGUAGCACGCUCUGGUCUGCUUUUCCUCGAUAAACACGACACCUUGAAGCUUU